AAGAGUUACUCUAACCUCGAAUAAAAAAUUUCGAAUAAAAAAAUUGAUUUUCGAUCGCCAAUUGGUCGAUACGUCCGAAACGUAAUUCAAACUCAGCGCGCUCUAGCGUCGCGGCAAUUAAUCAACGACAAUGAAAUAUGCGCAUGCGCAGAACCGAUAUCUAUACACACCUUUACCCAAUCCCCUCCACUCGCGUUUUAACUAGUGGAGUCAACGUUAUUACCGUUGACGGUUUGUUCGGCGCGUAACGUUUGGUCUACCGUUUUUCGCGCAAUGUACAUCAAUAAAUAUAAUUUCAUUUGUAGGAAGGAUAGAUGAGAGAUUUUCUCGAUAAAUAGUAUUAAGUGACGUUAAUAAGCUACGUAAUAAGCUAUCAGAUAUGACAGAAGAUCGUUCAGAACAGAAAUGAUGAGACGAAAUGUGAUAAGUGUCGUUAAGUUCUUCUUUCUAGCGGUAUUUACCAUUUUUCUGACCGUAAUUAUCUUUCGAUAUAUCAGACGACCAUAUCGUGAAUUAACAACCUCACAGAUUCCAUUCGCAUUGAUAGAAAAUGGAGGAAAGCUUCCGAUGGAUUUGAGUCCAAAUGUUAACGAACAGAAUAUAGAUGAGAAGAUCGAUUGGCACAAUUAUAAACAGAUAAAAGAAGAUGCAGAAAGAAGUGGGACAGGAGAACAAGGAAAGCCAGCCUUUUUAUCUCCUUCUCUUGAUGCACUGAAGGAAAAAUUAUAUAAAACCAAUGGUUUCAACGCCGCUUUAAGCGAUGAAAUUUCUUUGAAUCGUUCAGUCCCUGAUAUUAGACAUUCUGAAUGUAAGAAGAAGAAAUAUUUGAAGACGCUCGAUUCUGUCUCUGUGGUAAUCUCUUUCCACAAUGAACACUUUAGCAUUUUAAUGCGCACAUGUUGGAGCGUUAUUAACCGUUCUCCACCUUCGCUUCUCAAUGAGAUUAUACUAGUCGACGAUGCCAGCACAAAGAUAGAAUUAAAAAAGAAGUUGGAUGAUUAUGUGAAUAAACAUAUGCCAAAGGUAAAGAUAAUACGAUUACCAAAACGAUCAGGAUUAAUAAAAGGCCGAUUAGCUGGUGCAAAAAAAGCAGUAUCUAAAAUUCUCGUCUUCCUAGAUUCGCACAGUGAAGCCAAUGUGAAUUGGCUACCACCACUUUUAGAACCAAUUGCUCAAGAUUAUAAAACUUGCGUCUGCCCCUUUAUCGACGUAAUACAGUAUGAGACAUUUAAAUACCUAGCACAAGAUGAAGGUGCUAGAGGUUCUUUCGAUUGGGAAUUGUAUUAUAAACGUCUACCACUACUUCCAGAGGAUCUAAAACAACCUACUGAACCAUUUAAGAGUCCGGUCAUGGCUGGUGGCCUGUUUGCUAUAAAUGCAAAAUUUUUCUGGGAGUUAGGUGGUUAUGAUUCUGGCUUAGAUAUAUGGGGUGGAGAACAAUAUGAAUUGUCAUUUAAGAUAUGGCAAUGCGGUGGUCAAAUCUAUGACGCUCCUUGUUCAAGGGUCGGCCAUAUUUACAGGAAGUUUCCACCCUUUCCUAAUCCUGGUCGUGGAGACUUUUUAGGAAAAAAUUUCAAGAGAGUAGCAGAAGUAUGGAUGGAUGAGUACGCAGAGUAUAUUUAUCGUAGACGGCCUCAUUUACGAUCGUUAGAUCCGGGUGAUUUAACGGAACAAAGAAAACUUCGAAAGAAAUUACAUUGCAAACCGUUCAAGUGGUUUAUAGAAAAUAUAGCCUUCGACCUUGUCGAAAUGUAUCCACCGAUAGAACCCGAUGACUUCGCUUCAGGAGAAAUCAGAAAUAUGGGAGCACCAGAAUUAUGUCUUGAUGCUAAGAAGAUAAAAAAAGAUAAGAAUAUAAAUAUAGAUACUUGUAAAAAAGAUAAUUCAGUAUUGUCAGGAGAACAAGAUUUUAAAUUGACGUGGCGCAAAGAUAUUAGACCAAAAAAUAGCACAAAUUGUUUAGACGUAUUUAAAUCGGAUAUCAAAGCCCCGGUGAGCUUAUAUCCUUGUCAUGGAAAACAGGGUAAUCAGUUAUGGCGAUAUGACGUAGAAAAACAAUGGUUGAUGCAUGGUUAUAUACCAAGAUGUUUGGAUACCGACCCAGGUAGUAAAAAGGUUUACGUGACUACAUGCGAUCAAUCAUCUCCUACUCAAAAAUGGAGAAUAGAGAAUGUCAAUAUGAAAGCUAUCAAUAAUUGGGAGAACGUGGGACCAAAGCUCAAAUAAAUUUCUUCCUUUGUAUUGCCAUAGAAUGCCAUAAUUUUAUAUUACAUUGAGUUACAUUUAAGCGCUGCAAUAUUGAUUGAAUGUAAAUAUUGGCAGAUCCUGCUGUUUCCAACUAGUCAUUCGACGUUGAGAUUCGAUUAUCGUUACUUUAGUCGAUUGAAAGAAAGUUUGUAAAUAUAAAAAUAAAGAUUUGUGCUCUAUGUGAGAAAUAUGGUUUUGUAUCUAAUACAUAUUAAAAGAAAUUUCUUUUUAAAUAUUUUAUUUUCUUCUCGUUCUAUUACGAACACCAUGUAAAAAAAAAAUUAGAAACAUCAAUAGAUUUGUUAUUCGACUGAACGAUAUAAUGUUAAGUAGAUUAUAUUAACGAUAUGGUUGCCAUAGGAAGAAAUUUGCGCUUUCAUAAAUUUUUAGAAGAAAAGACGAGGUGCUAACAAUGAUAUCAUAUUCUAUAUAUUUCUAAGAGAGCGUUCUAUAACGUUAGUUGGAAAUAUAAAAAGUGCUACAAUACAAAUUUCUAUCACAUUUAUGCCGAGAAAAUGUCAAGUUAUUCUUUCGAAAGAAUCCAUUGAAUAUUUUAACAUAUGUAUGAUAAUAAUAUCAUAGAUAAGAUUUUUAGCACUCAGAUAUUCAAAAGAUACCUAUUGAAAAGAAUUUUUUUAAAUUUGUAAAAUUAAUAAAUAACAAGAUAUUGCUUUAAAAAAUUUUAAAGAUAUCUUAAUAAAAAUAUAUAUAUAUAUAUAUAUAUAUAUAUAUAUAUGCGCACACACAUUUAACAAUCAUAAAAAGAUAUAUAUAUUUAAAUAUUUUUAUAAAAUAUAUAUAUAUAUCGCUAAUAAAUUCCAUUCAAAUGAAUGGUUAAUAUAGAUUCGAAAAGAAAAAAUAUUUCUACUGUUUACAGAAGAUAAGAUAAACGAAUAAAAAUUAUAGGAUUUAAUUAGUAAAACAAGGAAUUAUUUAUAUUUAACAGAACAAAAAUAGAAGUAAUAAUCAUAAUGAAAUAUUAUAUCGAAUUGAAUAAAUAAUUUUAGUUGAAUAAUCUACACUUUAAAUGACUAGUAUAAUUAAAUAUAUAUAUACACACAUAUAUACAUGUGUGUGUGUGUGUGUGUAUACGAAUAUAUACAUAAAUAUACAUACAUUUCUCAAAAGCGUAGUAAUUAUUAAGUGACUGUGAUUACGAAGAUUAUGAUGACGAUUAUGAUAAUAAAAAUCUGGUAACAUUCGAUUAUUAUUUUUCUAAAACAUUUAUAUGAUUUAAUAAAUGUCUAGGAGUACUUUGUUUUUUUCAUAUAAUUGUUAAUAUCAAUUUUCAACCUACCUUUAGCAUUACCACAUUCGCCAUCGGGGUGAGCCAUGCGUUGCAUUGCAGCUGGCGCUACUCCCAAUGGCAUAGAAAUUUUUUCACCUAAUAUCGUCGUGCUUAUGUCUCUUUUUGAAACAUCCCGAAGAAAUCUAGGUUUUAUUCGAUACCUAAACGAUAACAUAUAUAAUUCAUUUUGAUUAAUUCAUUCGAAUUUUUAAUGUAUUAAUAUGAAAAUGUUAAUUUCUCUUUCUUUAUUUUGUUUAUAAAAUGUUUUAAAGAAUUUGUCCCUUUUCGAAACAUACAAAAGAUAUUUGUAUUUUAUCCGACACAUAAACGAUAUAUAUUUAAUUAAUUCAUUUAUAAAUUUCAUAUGUUGUAAAAAUUCAAAUCUAAUCUUGUUUUGCUCUUUCUCUUUUGCUCUUAGAAAAUAUAAAUUUGACAAAAUUUUGACAAACUUUCGCAAAUAAAUUCGAUGGAUUAUAUAUCGUAUGAAUGUUAUCGAUCCUAAUUUAUCAUAAUUUCAUAAUAAUCAUUUUUAAACGAGGUAUCGAAUGUCGAUGAUGUAUCAUCAACAAUAAUAUCUCUGUUAUAAGACAAUAUUAUUAUCAAGCGUAUAAAUAAUGCGAUCUUUGUACCUCUUAAAAGCUUCUCUGUUCCAUCGUAAACUAGAUUCUUCACCGGCUCCACUUUUAUAAUAAUCUCUUACAAUUGGCGGCAGAUUGUUAGUCGCAUAUUUUUCGUAAUCUUCCAAGCAUACGAAGCUCGCCAUUUUCCUUUAAAAAUAAAAAAGAAAAGAAAAAGAAGAACAGACAAGUACAAAAAUGAAAAAGCAAAAUAAAUUUGAAUCGAGAAUACAUAUUUUGUAAUAAAUUAUUUAGAAAUUUCGUAAUGUACACAUUUCAUGAUCCUCUAAUUUCGUUAAAUAUAAUUGUAACAAUAUCUUUCUCUUAUCAGGGUGAAUAUAUAUUUUUUUUUAAUUUCAGUUUAAUUAAACGCGCAUUUACGUUAUCGAUAAUAACACAUACAUACGCGUAUUAUACAUAUAGGAAUUUUAUAUAGUUAGUGUAUAUAUGUAUGGGUAUAUAUAUAUAUACACACUCAUACAUAUACAGACAAUAUAAAAUUUCUUAAGAUAUUUAUGAGAUUAAUCUUUUCCUAUUUACACAUAGUGUAAACAGUCCAUACAAGGAAAAGAUAAGCAAGAUAAUUAUUAUGUAACAAACAGAAAAAGAGAAUCGUUCGAUGUUAUUUUCUAUAAUAAUUCUUUUUCUUUUUUUUUUUAUUAUUAUUAAAAAUAUCAAAUAGAAAAAAACUUACUGCAGAAAAAUCGAAAUAUCGUGGAGAAUAAAAUGAUAUUAUAUCGUUGAAGAAUUUUCGAUUAUGAAGCAAGACUCAGAAGAAGAAGAAGAGAAUCAAUGAGAAUACAUCAAUCGUCUUGGCUGUCUGGCGUAUAACUAACAUCAAGAACGAAAUAUCAUUGAUAUAAUCCAUCGUAUUCAUUGAAAGUGGACUGAGUAUAACAUAACUGAUAAAGAUGUUUAUAUACUUCGUAAUAUACCGAGUUGAAGAAGAUUUAUUCGAAGAGAGAAUUAAUAGUUUCUUGUGAUUACAUUUAUCACUAUCUCUUUUUUUUCUAUUUAAUUUUCUCAAAGAGAAGCAUUAUUUAUUGAUCGAUUUAAUCUUCGAGAGGUCGAAGAUCUCUUACAAAUUCAUGGGGUCCCAUUAAAAUAAAUCUAUUUCACUUGUGAAAAAAAUAUGAUCGUAAAUACGUAGUCCAAUUUGAACCAUUCACCAUUUUUCUUCUCUAAUAUUUUUUGUAAACUUCAAUUAAAAACAAAGAUACUGCUUGUUAUUUACAAAAUAAAAAUAUUUACAAAAU